AUGCAAUAACCAUAAAUAGAACUGAUUAAUCUAGAUAAACCAAAAAUGUCAAUAGCAUCAGCACUCUUGUCAAAAAAGUCUGAGAAGAAGAAUCAAAGAAAAUCAAGAUUUUCCAGAUUCUCUAGAAUUAGUAAAUUAUCAGUCCAUGACUUGAAAACUGGUUUAUUUUAUAUUCGAGAGAGUUGGAGAAGUGGAAUGGCAACAACAUUUUUAAUUAUGCCAUUUGCAUUGAAUGCAGGAAAUAAUUCAGGAUUAAAUGCGAGUAUUGGUUUAACAUCUGCAUUUAUUGGAAGUUUUGUAAAUGGAUUGUUUAGUGGAAGUAAUCAUUCAAUUUAUGUUCCUAAUUAAAUGGCAGCAUUAUUCAAUUACAACAUAAUUGAAUAAUAUGGAGUUGAAGCUGUACCUUGGGUUACUUUAAUGAUUGGGAUAAUAAUAUAUAUUUGUGGUUUAUUUAAAUGGCAUCAUUUAAUAGAAUUCAUGCCAAGUUAUGUUAUAGAAGGAUAUUUUUGGGGUUUAGGAUUCUUAAUCAUAAAUAAUUAUAUAGAUUAUGGGUUUGGUCUUAGUGAUUUAUAAUCAAAUAGAGGUGUUUAAGUAUAUGAAGAUCGUUUUGAAAUGUAUAAGAGUUAUUUCUAAAGGGGAAAUUUAUAACAUUUAUGUGCAACAAUUGGAGUUUUUCUAUUUUUAUAUAUUGGUAAUAAGGUUCAUAAACCAUUUCCUUGGGUAAUAGUGAGUACUUUUAUUGGUAUAUUUAUUGGGUAAUUUUAUCCAAAUGAAAAAUGUUUGAGAAGUGUUUAUGGAGAUGUUUCUUUGACUUUUAAUUGGAUUGAGACAUAUGGUGAAAUAUUUUAGAUUGAUUUCAAAAUUUUGUAUAAAUUAUUUUAAGAAGCUAUACCAAUGGCAUUAUAUAUAAUGACAUAGAAUUUAAUUUGUGCAAAAGGAGCUGAAAUAUUAAUAAAUGUAAAAUGUGAUUAUGAUUAAGAAAUUGAAUGUGUUUCAGUGUGUAAUAUUUUAUCAGGAUUACUUGGAGGAAUUCCAUGUAAUGCAUAAUAAAGAUUAUAUGUAUUAAAUAUAAAAGUAAAAGAAGUAAAUAGAUGGUCAUCAAUUUUAAAUUCAUUUUCUAUUUUAAUUUUUUAUGGAUUAUUUGGUAAAUACUUUAUGGAAAUACCAUUAUUUAUAAUUGGUGGAUAAGUAUUAUAUUCAGGUUAUUAAUGUCCAACAUGGAGUUUUUAUGAUAGAGUUCUAGCAACAAGAAGGUAUAGAACAAUUUUAAAGGUUGUUGCUCUUGCUACAUUAUCUGUUUAUUAUGGUCCUAUUCCUGCUUCAUUGAUUGGAAGUCUUUAUGCAUUAUUAAAAUUUGCAGAAACUAUGAGUGCAGCUGCUAGUGAAAUAGUUCUUAAAUAAGGAGUUCAAAGUGUUAAAUUAAGACAUUCAAUGACUCGAUAAUAAGAUGGGGAAGAUGAAUAAAGAGUUUAAGUAGAUGUUGAAAAUGAUCUGUUAGAUGAUAUUAAUACUGAAUAUAUUAUAUAUAGAUUUAAUGGAUCAUUAAAUUAUAUAAAUGCAAAAGUAUAAUGAUUUUAAUAUAGGAAGAAUCAUGUUGAAUAGAUUAAAAGAUUACCUGAAAUUGAUACAAUUGUGUUUAGUUUUAGAUAUGUUAGUGUUUUAGAUGAAUAAGCUUUGGAUCGUUUAGGUGUGAUUAUGGAUAAUUUAUUAAGUAAUUGCUUGUGUUGAUUUUAGAGAGUGGAAGAGAACUAUAUUUCACUGGUUUACAUGAAUAGAUGAUAGAGCAAAUGAAAUUUAAUUAAUUUUUUAAAGACUUUAUUGAAAUUAAGUCUCAAAAUCUGAAAUUCUUAGGAAAAUGA